UUCGCGGCUCCAGUCUGACUGACGCCGGCUGGGGCCGCCGCUGCAGCCGCUGUCUCGGGCCCCGCCGCCGCCGCCGCCGCCGCCGCCGCCGCCGGGCCCUGCAGGCGCUGGGCGCGCGCAGCCAGGCAAGUUGGCCAGCCCGCCCCAGGGCUUAGGAGAAAGUCAAGCCACUUCCCAGCCUGCGUCGGUCACAGUUACUCGCAGAAGAAAGGGAAGACCUGUGACGUCCCUGGAGAGUUGGUGCCUAUGACAUCCUGGGAGGCAGCCUUGCUCACUUCACUUGGGCCCUACAGGCAGUGAAGGGCAGUGGGUCCAGCUCCCGUUUGCCCUGGACGCGUGUGGCCCCCCUCUUAUGCACUCCAGCACCCCCAUCAGCUCCCUCUUCUCCUUCACCAGCCCGGCAGUGAAGAGACUGCUCGGCUGGAAGCAAGGAGAUGAAGAGGAGAAGUGGGCGGAGAAGGCGGUGGACUCCUUAGUGAAGAAGUUAAAGAAGAAGAAAGGAGCCAUGGACGAGCUGGAGAGGGCGCUCAGCUGCCCGGGGCAGCCCAGCAAGUGCGUGACGAUUCCGCGCUCCCUGGACGGGCGGCUGCAGGUGUCCCACCGCAAGGGUUUGCCCCACGUCAUUUACUGCCGAGUGUGGCGUUGGCCUGACCUCCAGUCUCACCACGAGUUGAAGCCGCUGGAGUGUUGUGAGUUCCCAUUUGGCUCCAAGCAGAAAGAGGUGUGCAUCAACCCCUACCACUACCGCCGCGUGGAGACACCAGUGCUGCCUCCCGUGCUCGUGCCCAGACACAGCGAGUACAACCCGCAGCUGAGCCUCCUGGCCAAGUUCCGCAGCGCGUCCCUGCACAGCGAGCCGCUCAUGCCGCACAACGCCACCUACCCCGACUCCUUCCAGCAGCCUCCGUGCCCGGCCUUCCCUCCGUCUCCUGGGCCCCCGUUCCCGCCGUCCCCGUGCACGGCCGGCUACCCUCACUCCCCUGGAAGCCCUUCCGAGCCGGAGAGCCCCUUCCAGCACUCAGAUUUUCGGCCGGUUUGCUAUGAGGAGCCACAGCACUGGUGCUCAGUCGCCUACUAUGAACUGAACAACCGCGUCGGGGAGACGUUCCAGGCUUCCUCCCGCAGUGUGCUUAUUGACGGAUUCACAGACCCCUCAAAUAACAGGAGCAGAUUCUGUCUCGGACUUCUUUCCAAUGUAAACAGAAACUCAACGAUAGAAAAUACCAGAAGACACAUAGGAAAGGGCGUGCAUCUAUACUAUGUUGGGGGAGAGGUCUACGCUGAGUGCGUGAGUGACAGCAGCAUCUUUGUGCAGAGCCGGAACUGCAACUAUCAGCACGGCUUCCACCCGGCCACCGUCUGCAAAAUCCCCAGCGGCUGCAGCCUCAAGAUCUUCAACAACCAGCUGUUUGCUCAGCUGCUUGCCCAGUCUGUCCAUCACGGCUUUGAAGUCGUUUAUGAGUUGACCAAGAUGUGCACCAUCCGGAUGAGUUUUGUCAAGGGUUGGGGAGCCGAGUAUCAUCGCCAGGAUGUCACGAGCACACCCUGCUGGAUUGAGAUUCACCUUCAUGGACCACUGCAGUGGCUGGACAAAGUUCUGACUCAGAUGGGCUCUCCACACAACCCAAUUUCUUCAGUGUCUUAACAGUCCCAUCUUAAUCCAUAUUUCUAUAGGAUAGAUGCUAUUGCAGGCAGUGGCUUAUAUCAUUUCAGAUUUGCAACUAACUGAAGUUUCUAAGUACACGUGUAAAUACAUAUAAUAUAUACUAUUCGUAUUUCGUAUCACCAUUUGUUUUGUGCUUUCUAGUUAACCUGAUGCCAGUACAAUGCGAUUAGAGAAGCAGGUUUUUUGUGCCUUCGCUCCAAUAAGCAGCAGCUUCUUUUGUGGGAGAGAACAAAUGAGAGGCAACUGUGUGGACGUUAUUUGAAGGGAGUUGGCAGAAUAAAGGCAGCUUUAGCCCACUGUGUCAUAUAAGGCAUGUUGUGUGGCCGAUC